UUUGCCAUGUAAAACGUUGGGUGGUGUAUUUUGGUCUAUCGAAUAUCGAUCAGUGUGUUUACUGUGUUUCUUUGUGASUUGAUCGUCGUGCGCGCGCUCUUUAGCUGUUAGUUUGUUAUCCCUAUAUGUUUUUGUCAUAUUGUUGUGGUUACGAUUAACGACAAUAUUCGCAUUUCGCAAUACAAGCASGGUAAUCGUGAAUUUAUAUAACGUAUUAUUGUCAUUUGCUCGUCGUACGUCUGUCGUUAAUUCGUAUCUUUUGACGUUACCACCAGAAUUAUGUCCAUCUGCACGUUUUUGGGCAAGUACAUUUUGUACUUGUUCAACCUGUUGUGUCUCAUCUCCAGUGUUGGAAUUUUGUCGAUCGCGUUCAUCAUCAAUCACAAACUGUACAAAUGGUCAAAUUUCAUCAGCACAGAACUCAUCACCACACCUCAGAUACUUUUGGUCAUUGGUAUCGGUCUUUUAAUUAUCUCCAUCAUUGGUUUGUGUGGUGUGCUUAGAGACAUUGGAUGGCUUUUGACAUUGUUUUCCAUAUUGCUUACAAUCGUAUUGAUCGGAGAACUUAUUUUAUCUGGUUUYGUGUACUACAUGGGCGGUGAAAUCAGAGAGUAUGCGUUGAAUCAGAUGAACCAUACAAUUUCUGGAUACAAUAAAACUGGGUAUGAAGCCUCUACACAAACUUGGAAUUUGAUACAGUCUGAUAUUGAAUGUUGUGGAAUUUAUGGACCUAAGGAUUGGGAACCAGUUACACAUAGCAAUAAACUGCCUACAUCUUGUUGCUAUGCCAUACCAUUAGACGGAUUUUGCACAGAUAUUGAAUCAUAUAAAGAUGGCUGCUUCGAAAAGUUUGAAAGUAUUCUUCAGGAAAAUAGUGAAAUAAUAAUAUGGACAGCAAUUGGAUUUGCUUUAAUUCAGCUUUUUGCUGUAUUUUUAGCAUGUUGUCGCAGGUGUUCUUUACACAAAGAAUAUGAAACAGUUUAAACAUAAUUAUCAUUCAAGUUUUUAGUUGUUAAUAGAGCUGCAAAAAGAAUAUGUAUCUACUAUUAAUACCAAUUUAUAUMAUUUCUCCUAAUAUUUUUAUUUCUUUCAUUUAUAAACCAUCAUGUGUUUACAUUAUCUGAUAUAAUACUAGAUUGUAUUUAAUUAU